CCCGAACACACACACACAUCUCUAAUGACCACAUACACCCACCAUUAACUAUCGAGCAUAUUCCAGGAUAUUAAUCUGGCAAAUUAGUUCCGCCAUGCGGGUGGCUUGCCUUUCCUUCCGCCAGCCCUAUGCCGGGUUAACGCUGAACGGCCUCAAAACUCUGGAAACGCGUUGGCGCCCCCUGUUGGCUGAAUUCCGCAACUGCACCCUUGCUAUUCACAUUGCAGUGAAAGAUUGGGAUGGACAUGACUGGAGAGACAUCUUGUUGAGCAGAGCUGGAAUGUCACAUGCACAAGUGCAGCACGUUAUAGACUCGGGAGAAAGGCUUGGUAGGGGCGUUAUUGCAGGGCUUGUGGAUGUUGGUGAAACUUGGCAGUGCGAGGAAAACUUGCCCCCUUUGCAGGUCCUAGAACUAGAGAACCAAGCUUUGUUAAAAGGUCUGGAUCACAAGUACCUCACCACCAUUUCUAAUGCUCGGUGGUUACUGCAGCCAGUUCCAGCAAGGGGCGGCAAAGAUGUGUGGCAGGUGGACAUACCCGAUGAAUUCAUCCCCUGAAAAGACAAUAUUUUCAGAAGAAAUGUUCGAAGCCACACGCACUGUUUUAGAAGAAGCAAUCGUUUUACAUUUCAGACUUUCCAUAUGUGGAUUGUGUUCAAAGUUUUGCAAGAUCAUGGGGGUGUGUGUUCUACUCCACAAUGCAGAGAACAAUAUGUCAACUGAACUGCACUCCAGCAAAUGAUUAGAAAAAAAACGCUACUGCCAAAUCGAGCAUAAUGCAAAAGUACUUUACAGGUUUUGUCUCAACAGAAAAAAACAAAUGUUGCUCACAUCUGUAGUUAAUAGUUACAGCAUGUGCUCCUUCCUAAGAAAUGGUAGUUUUAAGGAUCGCUAUUAUCAUGAAUAAAGGUCUUUUAUUUACAACCGAAA